AAAGUUGAUUUAAAAAAAAAAUCUUUUCCGUUUCAGGUGUUUUGCCUAUUAGCAUUAUAUGCAGUAGCUGCUGUGUUAGCAGAGGAAGGUCAUUCUUCGCAGUACAUUUUCAAGCACGAUGGUCACCACAUUCCUGUGCACAUCCAUGACAAGCACCAUCAUCAUCACCAUGUCGACUACUAUACUCACCCUAAGUACAAGUUCGAGUACAAGGUGAAGAACCCUCACACCGGAGACCACAAGAUCCACCACGAGCACCGCGACGGUGACAGCGUCAAGGGAGAGUACUCUUUCCACCAGCCUGAUGGCACCAUCAGACAUGUUCACUAUCACGCUGACAAACAUACCGGAUUCCACGCAGACGUGAAGCACAGCACCCACCAUCUGCAUCAUCACCACUAAGUUACUUAAAUUGUAAUGCUGUUUUGUUGUAUACCUUGUUAUGUUUUACUAUUUUACCUCAAUAAAUAU